GCCAUGCCAGGUACGCGUACCUGCAUCGACAUAUUCCCCAACGCUUCUGAUGCUGUGUCAGUUAUUUCGCUGGUGUUCUCUCGAGUCCACAUGGAGCACGACGUGACGCCGCUGCCCGCCUCAUCCUCCACACCGCUUUCUUCCUCCGAACACGCCGCUUUUCACCACAAUGCUGUGGAAUACAAGCAAAGAGUCUGAGAAUGAAGGAAAAGAUGAAGGGCCUGUUGAUGAAUUCGAUGACGCUCAAAAGGAAAUCGUCCUCGCACAACCGCCGCAAGGAAGGACUUUACUGCCCGCGCCCGCUGCCGCAGUCGUGAGCGGCAUCACUGGCCUUACUUCCUUCUACGUUCGCGCAGGCACCAAAAUUGGGGGUUGGGGACUUUACGCUGGCAGGGAAGCCACGCUGAAGACUCUGUCCGUCUCCAGAAGUGCUUUGGAAACAGUCCUCGUUGCAGCGGGAAGAGAUAUAUCCAGCAGGAGUAAUGGCGAAGUCGGCAGGGCUGAGGCAGAGAAUUUGCUGGAGAGAAGUAUAUCUGCUCUGUAUUCGACCAUCUCAACCAUCUCCUUCGUUGCCUCCGCCGGCUUCUACCUCACCGAGGCGUCCAUGAACUCGGUAUCUUCUCUGUCCAUACAAGGACUGGCCACUUUGAACGCCAUACUUGGAUCUACCGAGUCCUCUCGCGCCGUCGCUGCCAUCAUUACCCUGAUCAGAGACGAACUCAGGAAGCCCGACUCGGCCAAUAGUGGAGAAGCCGUCUCGUAUAUGGAUCUCAUUGUCGGAACGACAGGGUUUGUCAUGCUGCAGAGAUGGGGUAGACGAAAGACCGAACUCGAUUUCCGGGAUGCCGGUGGUGAAGAGACGAUCUGGGAUGCAGUCAUCGACGACAAAGGCUUCAGGGCGGACGUCGUUGGGACGCGGAGGAAAGACAUCAUCAGCCUACACACAGCUACUGGCGCGCCGCCCAUGACAUUCUCUUCUCCUGAUGGCGAGGAUGAAUUCGAGGCAUUGGAAAGAGGGACCUUGUUCGAUGCUUCCGCUAUGGCGCUCUCUCCGCACGAUCAUACCAGUUUGACCGACGAAGAAAUUCGCGACGGUAUCAUGAGCCAAAUGCCAACCGGAGCUCGAGCAGUCAUAACAUCCGAAACAGUUACCGCGAAGACUAUAAAAGUUGACAUCUAUGGUGCUGAUACAUCUCACAUUGAUCCACCACCCGGAACAGUCAUGGUAGCAGAGAGACUCAAUCACCAAGAUCCUAUGAGUGGCGUUACAGGAGGACCUCAACAGACUGUCAUCUUCCGGACAGCGCUGAAGAGAUCUAGCAGCACGGAUGUUCCCUCAAAGACCGAGCAAAUGCGUCUGACCAACAAUGAAGAAGGCAACAGGGAACAAAAUGAUCAUGACGAUGUCUUCAUGAUGGAGUGUUCUCCGAAAGAAAAUACUAUGGUGGACGAAUCUGCUCACAGCCACAAUCCCGUCAUUCAGGAUGCCGAACAUGACGAUGAGAGCUUAGAGUCAUCGAGGCCGCCAACGCCUCCACCGAAGACCCCUGGUCCAGUCGCUAACCAGAAAAAGAGCCGUCGCCCGAAUCCGUCUCGCGACAAGUCGCCGCCUCUUACGAACGUUAUAACUCGUGUGCCACUCGUCAAGAGCAAGAAGGCCAAGCAUUCCUCCGAAAAUAAGGGUGAAAAAGGAGGUAUGAUCAAGAAAGCACUGAAGACGCUAAGUCCUAGCCAGUCGUCCACGGCAAUCAAGGAUCUCCACAAAAAUCUUCCGCAGCGGAAGCCCUCUACCUCUAUCCCAAUCCCGAAUACAAGAAAUCGGGGGUCCUCGGUGGUACGUGGUGAUGUGACACCUCGAAAACACUUCGGCUUUCUAAGCCAUGGCCACACUCCAUCAACGAGCCCGAAUCUGCAACGCACAACGCAAUUGGAAUCAUCAUCCAACUAUUUUGCAGUGCAUGAUAGACGAAGAAAUUCGACCGUCUCGCAAACGACGGAAACGUAUUCAGUUCACUCCGUCGAAAGCAGGCCAGGCUCACCUACGUUUACACGAACGCACACUCGAGUCGUGAGUGGGUUGCCCAAGACAAAGUCAGAGCUUGCACUUGCUCUUAACGAAACAGAGUCCCGAGCCGACUCUGCAGGCGGAGCAGCUCAUCAUCGUCGGUCUCGAUCUUUCGUGCCUAGUCUCUACUCGAUGGCUACCAAAGACUCGAGUGAAGCCAUCAUACUGGCUCCCAAGACUCCACUUCCUCGAAAAUCGAUCUACGAAGACCAGAAUAUCUUGAACGCUCUCAUUCUAAACGGCAAGGUGCCCGGCAUAUUCCCUGACCGUCAUAUGGUCAGGACAGUGAGACGCUUUGCCAGGUUUGCAUCCGCUUCGUAUGGCUCGAAUUUUCUUCAUGUGAUGGGUCUUACUUCGGCCGAAUCCCAACUCAGCAACGCUACCGACCUGAUGACUCUAGACGUCCAUCACGAGCACAGCUCCUUCUCUAGUCAUACAGGACUACCACCCGACACUAUUCUUCUUUCUUCUUUCUACGAUCCCAAAGGUGUGACGGGCAACACGGAUUGGUCACCGUCGGCCAUAUCGCCUUUGAUCCAUUUCAUUUCCAUCGACGACGAUUCGAAAGCAGUGGUUCUCACGUGCCGCGGAACACUUGGGUUCGAGGACGUCCUGACCGAUAUGACCUGCGACUACGACGACUUACUCUGGCAAGGAAAGCGCUACAAGGUUCACAAAGGCAUUCACGCAUCAGCACGACGAUUACUGGGUGGUAGUGGAAGUCGGGUAAUGGCAACAAUUAGAGCAACUCUCGAACAAUAUCCGGAUUAUGGCCUUGUUCUUUGCGGCCAUUCCUUGGGUGGCGCGGUAGCAGCUAUCCUUGCCAUCCUCAUCUCCGAACCGAGCUUCGAUAGCUCAAAAACGUCUUUUGUCACAGGCAACAAACCAAAAUUACUCACCAGUCAGUCUUCAAGUGGGCCUUUCACCUCUUACAUCCCACCCAUAACUCUUCCGGCGGGCAGGCCUAUCCACGUCUACGCCUAUGGCACGCCAGCAUGCAUGUCCGAACUUCUGCGCGUCGCUACUCGCGGCCUUAUUACCACUAUUGUCAAUCACGCCGAUAUCGUGCCGUGCUUGUCACUGGGAAUUCUACAUGAUUUUCGUACGGUGGCUCUCCAUCUGAAGACCGACACGACGGACGCUCUUGGAGCACUUAAAACGCGCGUGUUGCAACGACUGAAAAAUGCGGUCGCUUCUUCCUUCUACAAUAAUCCCAAAGGACCACCUCCGCCAGAAACCAUGGCGGGGGACGGGCUCGGUGAAGACACAUGGGCAUGGGCAGCUCUGAAAACGCUGCGUGCGUCAAUGGUGAAUGACAAACUCGUUCCGCCUGGAGAGGUUUUCGUGGUCGAAACGACGCGAGUGUUUGAUCGACUGGACCCCAAUGUGGCGCGCGAAGCGGUGUUUGGACCAGAUGACACAAAGGACGACAGGACGGAAAAGUUGUACAGGGCUCUUGGGCGGCCUGCGACGAGGGUGCAGUUCAAACUUGUACGCGAUGUCGAGACCAGGUUUGGAGAAUUGAGGUUCGGACGAGAUAUGUUUGGCGACCAUUCUCCAGGAAGGUAUGAGGCGGCGCUGGCUGCGUUGGAGAAGGGAAUUUGUGAAAAUUGAGAUAGGACUGCUUGAUCUGUCCUCUGUAUGCAAAUUUGUCACAGGGUGAAUGUGGUAUGCACUUGAGCGCCCAAGAAACAGGUAUUGAAGAAAGUCGCUACAUGUUGGGAACGGUCAAGAUCUAGUCUUGACACAAGUCACCAAGGAGAAACAAGUGCAUGUCCAACAUUUAGACCGAGGAUGGCUGCUAAAAAGAGCUAUGGAUGUGGUUGGUGGAAGAUUCAGCAGAAAAAGAGGGAUCACUCAAGAUCAUGGAGCUAGAAGGCACAAGACCACGAUGGCUGUUAAAGGUUUCAUCAAGGUAAUGAGUAUUCACGACGUGACGGGCAACGAGAAUAGAAAUGAGAAUGAAAAACGAGGACCCAACAUGAGCAUGAUGAAUCAGAC